AUGCGCCUUCGCCCUCAGCCUUGUGCGAACAGCAUCGCCAACGGCAUAAGCGCGGCACGCUCCGAGUUUGGCCCCGACACGAUCCUCUCCCGACGCCGCUGUGUGGUGCGGCUGGCCGUGACCAGGCUGCGAUCAAGCCUUUUCCGAGCUCGCACCGCAGCGCCGAGCCUGGCGCGAGAAUAUUAUGACCUGGCCCCCGGCUCGUCUGUUUUCAGGUUUGGCUUUAUAACGUACACGACGCUCGACAAGACCAUGGGCAGCAACAACAAACGACCAGCUUCGACCAGCGCUGCGGCGCCGAACCUUUCGAAGAAGAGGAAGACGGACAAUAUGCAAAAAUACUAUGCCGUGCAGGCGGGCUUUGUCCCCGGCGUGUACCUGACAUACUCGGAAUGCCAAGCGCAGACGGCUGGCUUCAAGGGCGCCAUUUUCAAAUCCUUCCUUUCUAGAGACGAUGCCGAAGCGUUUGCCGCCGGGAAAAAAGUUGCUGUGGCUGAUGAGCCCGCGAAAUUCUAUGCCGUCGCAGUCGGCAACCCCACGGGCAUCUUUACGGACUGGUCCGAAGCUUCAAAAUCCAUCACCGGCAUCAAGGGCCCCAAGUACAAGCGCUUUGGAACCCGCGCCGAGGCCGUCGCAUACAUCCGACAAUACGGUAAUCGGGAGGCCAUAGAGGCUUUGGGAGAGAAGGUGCCAGAGCCUGUGCAGAAGGUGGAGGCUGAAGAAGAGCCCGUCACCAUCAAGAAGUUCACUCCCAUUCAGCAAGUGGCCGCGAAGAAGCCCGCGGAAGACGUUCUCGACAUUUGGACAGACGGAAGCAGCCUGGCCAAUGGCACCGCCGGCUCCCGCGCCGGUUUGGGCGUCUACUUCGGAGACAAGGAUCCUCGCAACCUGGCGGAAAGAUUACCUGGCGAGCCACAAACGAACCAGCGAGCGGAACUCAUGGCCAUGCAGCGCGCCUUGGAGAUUGCGCCGUUGGAACAGCAUGUCCGUAUCCACAGCGACAGCCAGUAUUCGAUCAAAUGUGUAAAUGAAUGGGCGGCCGGGUGGAAGCGCAAGAACUGGCUGACAGCCAACGGCGAAAAAGUAAAGAAUCAAGACAUCAUACGGGCCGUCCUCGACAAGAUGGAUGAGCGAAGCAAGGCGGGUGGCCGAACCUACUUCCAAUGGGUAAAGGGCCAUGCCACAAAUGUUGGCAAUAUUGCAGCAGACCGGUUGGCUGUUAGAGGCGCCAAUCUUCCCUGA